CUCAGAAUUGCUCGAAUCGCGCAGCGCUUUGGACCCGUAUGGGGAUGUGGUCAGAUAGUUGGCCUUUUGAAUGUGCCACGGCAGCCUCGUCACACAGCUGAUCUGGAUCUGGCUAUCGUUGGGUUUGGGCCCAGGCUAAGCAUCUUCCUUCCUACCGCAGGACUCUGUGUUUCGUCGAUACUGGGAUAUUUCCAUGUCUCUGCGUCCGGCGCAAAAGAAUUCGGUCUGGUCCUACUCCCUAAUUUGCUAUGGUUCGCCAUUGGCUUGUGCAUUUGGGGGCCAACUUUAAAGCUUCCCGAGCUGCUUGUAGCUCUGAUUGCUAUCGAUUCUGCUUCCUCUGGGCUAUCGAUCAUGCUUGCGGAUAAGGAAGCUCUCGCUGCCCGAAAACUCGUUUAUUCGACGUGUGUUGCCCAGCUGGUGGCCCUUGGAGCGGCGGCGUACGCCAUGAGCCAUUUUUCUAGAACUGAACUUCCCAACAUAUGCAAAUUUCGAAUCGUCUGGUGGGGUGGUUACGUGGAUUCUUCCUCCGAUCUCAACUUUGACAAGGUCAGCAUGGUACUAUGGUAUUUCUUCGCCGCCAGGACUUUCAGCAUCCUUCGGACCCUCGCCGAUAGCCUGGCGUUUACUGGUAUCUUUCACGAUGCCAAGCACCAGCCUCCAACGCCACCGCCAUCGCCGACGCAACCGGAAGGCCGAGACAAGAACCUCGUGCCUGAGAAAUAUUACGGUGUCAUCCCGAAGCCCUUCGUCUGGACAGCUGCAAAGGCAAUGAAGCUCAACUACAAGGAGUGCAUAGCAACGACUUCACUAGCUCCCUGGGAGCAUAUAUUCCACAUCGGGGCAUCAUUCCUUUCGACCGCCGCGUUGCUGAAGCAGUGCAGUCCGGCGAACGGCGCCUUGAUGCAAUGGGGACAGCUAGCACCAGUGGUAGUCGCAGGUGGCGGAAUGUUUCAUUGGCUGUUCAUCACAAUGGAUGUUCCACGCUGCCGGCCCAUACGGAGUUCAUUUCGAGGUUUUAACCGAGGUCAACACUUCGACGAACAUCAGAUCAAGUACCGGACACUGAUCGAGGGUAUUGUGCGGGCCGUGGUUGAUGACGCCCAGCCAGAGGCGGACAGAGAACAGGCACGCGAAAGCGUAGAUGCAACUUCUGCUGGUCCAUCUACAGCUCUCGGAGAUAUACGCUCACGGCCUGUUCGAGCUUCGGAUGCACCCAAGGCAGAUAGUUAAGGGAAAUGUUGGUGCAGGCUUUCUUUCCAAGCUCGUAUGCGCUACUCCGAU